AUGGGCAUCUUCCAAAUCCUGAUGAAGAAGAAAGAGCUCAUUCCGCUGGCCACUAUCAUCACCAUCACAGGGUUGGGAGCCAUCUCUGAGUCUGUGUACUCUCUCUUCAAGACGGACGUCAUCCUUAACAGGUCCAAAAAUCCAGAGCCGUGGGAGAACGUGGAUCCUACCCAGCCUCAAAAAUUACUCUCGAUUAACCAGCAGUGGAAACCCAUCGAGGAACUGCAGAAGGUGAGAAGGCUGACCAAGGGACCAAGAGACCGAGCCACCAGACCCCACCCCCUGGGAAUCCAGAGGAAUCACCUCUGCGCAAAUUCACCUUCCGAACCAGCGCAUGGAGAUACUUCCAUUGCAUUCUCGGGGGUCUUCUUGGUCCGGGGUCUCCCGCCCCACGGAGGGACCACCUUGCAGGCUGGCGACUGGACAAGUGGCAUCCGACCCUAACCCAGCACUCCCAGUUUGGUGCCCACAGUCUUCUCUGGAAAGUAACUUCUUUGGCGACCACAAAGGGGACUCUCGUGCUGUGAUCUGGAUAGGAACAAACCUCCGCGGGUGAGAACGGUCGACUCUCGUGACGCGUCAGACUUUUUUGUGUUGCCGAGCGCCCCUCAUGGAUCCACCACUCCCAGCUCCUGAAGGCCUGCCUCUGAUGUGCUUCAUCUACCUUGAUGCUUCUGCAACCCCGACUGUACCCCUGUCCAAGGCUGAGAUCAUGGACAUGCAGCGCCUUCUGGAUGCUGUGUUUCGCUGAGGAGGGGGAUUGUUGCGUGUGUUGUGUGUGUAAAGCUAUGCCUGUAUUUUUUUUGUCUUUUCC